AUGAAGUUCACCACUCUUGUCACGCUGGCCAGCGCUUCUUCCCUCGGCGCAUGCCAGAAUACAUGGCAGGCUCCUGCCUCGACCGACAAGCGCAGUCCAUGCCCCAUGCUCAACACCCUCGCGAACCACGGCUACCUACCGCGCGAUGGGUUGGACAUCUCGAUGAACGAUCUUGUCGCCGGCUUCAGCGACGCAAUCAACCUGGAUCCCGCUGCUACGCAAACCUUUGGAGCGCCCGCCCUGCUAGUGAGCACCACAGGGAACAGCGCCACCUUCAACCUGCACGAUCUGGCCAAGCAAGGCGGAACGCUCCAGCACGACGGAUCGCUGUCGCGAGCCGACCUCUAUUUCGGCGAUGUCCUCACCUUUAAUGCCACCGUAUGGGCGACGGCAUCGUCCCACUUCACGGGCACGACCAUCGAUGUCGCAACCGCUCGGUCUGCGCGAGCAGCGCGGAUCGCAGAGGCCCAGGCUACCAACCCAACUUUCAACAUGACUGCAGCAGAUCUCCGGGGCAGCGGUGCCGAAUCGGCGCUCUACAUGACUGUGUUUGCGGAGCCAGGUGGAGUCUCGGUGGCGAGAACUGAAUGGGUCAAGGUUCUGUUUGAGAAUGAACGAUUACCCAUUGAGGAGGGUUGGACGAAAGCAUCGACGGCCAUCACAGCUGCUCCUAUCCUGGCGCUGGCUGCACAGAUCCUGGCCGCGUAG